CAAGAGGAUUCAUAGAGGAGACAUAUAUGGAGUAAGUAAGUGGAAAGGCCUGAUUAAUUUUAGCUAUAGGGAGUUGAAGUUUGCCACUAAAGGUUUCAGUGCAAAAAAUAAGCUUGGAGAAGGAGGAUUUGGUGCUGUAUAUAAGGGCACUCUAAGGGAUGGGAAAGUAGUUGCAGUCAAGAAGUUAAAUUUACUACGCUCCAAGAAGAUAGAGGAAGAUUUUUUGAGUGAAGUGAUGCUUAUCAGUGAUGCUCAUCAUCCGAAUCUUAUUCAACUUUUGGGAUGGUGUAGUAAGGGCCGUGACAGAAUCCUUGUAUAUGAAUACAUGAAGAACAAUAGUUUGGACAGAUUCUUAUUUGGUGAAAGGAAAGGUUUUCUCAACUGGGAGCAGCGAUAUGCUAUAAUUUUGGGAAUAGCAAGGGGCUUGACUUAUCUCCAUGAGCAAUUUCAAGUCUGCAUCAUACACAGAGAUAUAAAAACUAACAACAUUUUGUUAGACGAUGAUUUACAACCUAGAAUUGCUGAUUUUGGAUUGGCAAGACUUUUACCUGAGGACAAAUCUCAUCUCAGCACAAAAUUUGUGGGAACAUUGGGAUACAUAGCACCAGAAUAUGCAAUUCAUGGUCAAUUAUCAGAGAAGACUGAUAUUUACAGUUAUGGUAUUGUACUUCUUGAAAUCAUUUCGGGUCAGAAAAGCAAAGCAUUUAAGGAUCAUGGUGACGCUGAAGAUGAAUUCCUUCUAACAAAGGUUUGGAAACUAUAUGAGAGCGGCAUGCACUUAGAGUUGGUAGAUAAAGCCCUGGACCUUAAUGACUCCGAAGCACAAAAAGCAAAGAAAGUCAUAGAGAUUGGUUUGCUUUGCACCCAAGCGUUUGCUGAUUUAAGGCCAACAAUGUCUGAAGUAAUUGACUUGCUCCAAAACAAUGGCUUAUCGCAUAUGAGACCCUCUAUGCCUAUCUUAAUUGUAACCAGUUAG